AGCACACUCUAUUUUGAGAACACGUUGGAUAUGUUCGCAUUCAACUUCCUUUUACUUGUACUAUGGUUCAAUGCUCUUGCUGGCGGUCACUUUUUCCCAAAAGAGGAAAAUCUACCGCCUGUAUUCUAUAAGUGCAUAGAUAAUUGCAUUGCUAAAAAACGUCCGGCAAAAUCGCGGCCAGAAGCCGAAUGUGUUGAAAAAUGCAGGUCAAGGUGGGACCCGACAUGGAACCCAAGAACCACGACACGGAUGUCAAAUUCGCGGGCAGAAGCCGAAUGUAUGAAAAAAUGCAGUUCAAGCAGGGAUAUUGUCAUGCAUGCAGUGGGUCAUAUCAGACCAUUGUUACACUGUCCCAGCAAGCCACUUUUUGGAAUAUGCACUACCUUGGAUUUGGAUUUUGAGAGUUUUCGUAAACAAUUUAGUAUAAAUUUGCACUAA